AUGCGGCUCAUGCAGGCAUCGUGCUCUGCAGAGGUAAAGGAGGAGGAAAGACACCCGGCCGCCGCUUGGGGCGAAACGUUCAACGCGCAUUGUUAUUACAGCAGCGCGGCGAAAACGCUAGCUGCGGCUCUUGCAGCGCUCUUGUUAGAUAGGCGAGCCGUCCAACUACCCACCCACCAGUCAGUGCCUACCAUACAACUUCCUACAGCAAUAUUCCCGGUGCAGCACGAAGUGCAAAGGAGUAAGUUCGCAUAUCAACUGCGCAAAGGAAGUCAUGGACACCUUGCCGUCGGAGCUGCUCGGUGGCAAACGGCAUUCAAGACGCUGCGCGUCCGUGUAUGCCCCCCGAGGCGGCAUCGAAUGAAGAAACACACUGCCACCAUGGACAAGGCUUCCUGCAUGCAGCUCAGGGCGUGCAAUAAAAACACGCAGAGUCACAAACAAGCGCGUCUUCAACAACAACGCGGCCUUACCCGCGCGCACUGCCAGACAGACGGGCAGAGAGGAGGGGUGAAACUGCUCUAUGCGGCAGGCACGGUACUCGGCGCAGUGCGUGAGAGCUUCCAAGUCUCGAAGGAACCCUUUGCUGCCACCGCUCCCUCCACCGUCCAAGGGGCAGCCACGGCGGGAGCAUGUGUGGUGAAUUACACUCCAUGCCGAUUAUUGAAAUGCGGCCGCCAUUCGCCCUCACAGCCAAUGCAUUGUCGAUAUGCUGAUGCAGUGCUUAUGCACACGUUCUAUGAUUUUCAAGCACCCUCGAGCGACUGCGCUGCUGUACACCUGGGCGGGAAGGACUGCAGACUGAUUACGAGCAAGCACCGUCGAGGCUGUUUGCUCCAGUUGCAGUGGAGUGCAGAUGCAGCAGCAGCGGCAGCGGAGGGGGGUAGGGAGGAGCUGCCUGCGCUGCUGCGUGGGUGGAAGGCUAGAAUUCGCUGCGGGAAAGAUCAUGUGUUUUUGAGAACCUAUCGAGAGCUCAAGGAAGGAUUGUGGUGCUCCCUGUGCCUUGCUUCGAGCUUCUUUACUCCUGGUGCUCGUCUGCGUGCUCUCAGCAGAGAUCGAGAGCUUGAGCAAGCCAUUCGCGAGAAGCAACAACAACUGCUGCAGGAGGCGCGUCAGCAAAUGGCGAAAACGGCUGCGGCUGCGGCAGCGGCCGCUGCUGCUCGUGCAACACUGCCACCCAGCUACAAGCCGCACAGGGUGCAGCAGCCGCGAACUCCUGCAGCCCCCCAAGCAGCGCAUGCGGCUGCAGCAACAGAAGCUUACUGCAAGCGCUUGGCCUUGCAGGAUGUGCGGGAGUUUCAGCAGCAACAACUAAAGCAGCAGCAUUCUGGCAACAACAGCAACAGCAGCACAUCCGGGAAAAAGUGUCUGACCGAAGAACAAGCACUUGCAGCCGGAUCGCUAGGGGGGGCAGAGGCUUUGAGGAUCGUGCAGCGUCGCUACCGCGUGCUGGCACUGCAGGUGCAUCCUGACAAGAAUCCUCAUCCGCUUGCAGCAGAAGCUAUGCACCUAUUGACGGCUGCCCUCCAAGAGGCAACCAUCCUGUUUCGUCGUGCCUCCCGCGGAGCUGCACCUCCCGCUGGCUCUGUUAGAGACGGCAGCCCAGAGCCGAAGGAAGGGAGCACAAUAAAAACGGCCAUCGACGCGCAGGCGGGAUUGAUCCACACAGACAAGGCCGCGUUAUUCCGUCACCCUUUCCACGCACCAACAUAUUUUACGCCUUCCUCCCCCGCGCACGGGCACACACAGCCGAGCAGGAGCAACACCUGUGAAACUCUAGCUAAUUGCAUGCCCGCCGCCGGUGCAGGCGGAAGCCUCAAGGGGUCUGACGCUAUAAAAGGAAAAGAACAGGAGUAA